GUGAUUAAAUCUGUAUACGAGACGAUCUCCAUAUUUCAAGCAUUGGAUGGUACAAAUGAUAUCGUUGUAACAAAUGCCGACCCACGUCGAUGGGACCAUUCGGCAAAAUGGGACAUACGAUCGUUAGGACUUUUUCCUGAUGAAACGAAAGCGACUCCUCUACAAUUAAACACGACACUGAAGAUUAUGCAAGGUUUAGCGCAGGCUUCCAUUUCGCGAGAUGCUGUGAAUUGGAUGGUGAACACCAUUGACCUCACAAAUUUAAUGGAUCAGUUCAAUAAUGAUAGGUACGCAAUCGACGAACUUCUUCUGGCUUCACUGAAAGCAACUUUCGAGCUCGGAAUGCCAGGUAGAUUUGCGACAUCGUGUUUGAAGGCAAACCGACGGCGCAGAAAUACACCAUAUUUUACGAGGUGA